UUGAAGUGUGAAUGCAGCACUGUCAGAUUUCGAUUGCAUAGGGAAUCUAAAGUGCUCAAUAGUGAUGAAGUUAUCAGAUUUCAACGUGAAACGUCGGGAUGUUUUCGCCUUGUACGAUAAAACAGAGUCUGAUAUUAACCAAGAUAUCCAGAUUUUGAGAGAAUGGAUGUCACAAUCACCACAUUUACCAUCACAACUUAUUGGAGAUGACUUUAUAGAGCUAUGUCUCCUCAAAAAUAAAUUCUCGUUGGAGAAAUGUAAGAAGAAAAUCGAAAUGUAUUGUACUUUAAAAGCAGAUCCACAUUAUGAUUACAUUUUUUCAAGGAUACCUGUACCUGGUAGAGAACCAUCAUUCGCCACACCACUUCCAGUUCUGACUGAUGGAAAUAAAAGGUUGCUAAUCUACAGAAUAUACGAUGCAAAAUCAUUUGAAAUGGCAAUAGACCUCAACUGUCAGGCAAUUAUGAGAGAGGUUCAACAGAGGUACGACUACAAUGAUGGUGAAAUCCAAAUAAUCGAUUUGAGAAAUUGUCCUAUCAGCAUACUCAGCAGAUUUCGUUUGAAUGUUUUCGACGAUGGUCAAUUCUUGAUACUGCAAGGAUUCUCUACUAGAAUAUCUGCGAUUCAUGUUGUCAGUAAAAUAGGAAAAGCACUUUUCUCAACUGUCAUUCCAUUGUUACCGAAAAAACUCUCUUCCAGGAUGAGUUUUCAUGACGAUAUUCAUACAUUGAAAGAUGUAAUUUCUCCAAAGUAUCUACCACGCGAUUAUGGUGGGGAGCUUCAAACUAUGGAAUAUUACAAUGAUGAAUGGAGAAAAAUUUUCGAAGAAAAUCAAACAAAUAUUGAGAUGUUCGUGAAUACGAAAUCCUAUGAGGAAUUGAGAAUAGGUGAUAUGAAGGACGAAAAGAUGAAAGGAACAUUCAAACAGUUGACUAUUGAUUGAACCACCAUGUUAAUCUAUUUCAAAAUAUACAAGGUGUUUCAGAAUCCAGUAUCAAUAUUUCCGAUCAAAUUUGAAAUAUCAGUUCGUAAGGUUCCUUAUCUUCAGAUAAUGUUCAAAAAACUUGUAAUUCAGAUCACACACCAAGUACCUAGAGUUUUUUGUUUUUCUUGUGAUAAUAAGUUCCUUGCUUUGGUUGAAAAUUAUAAAUAAAUGCAGCAA